AUGAUUUUGCAAAUCUCUUCCCUUUCUGUUGUCACCACAGAGAACCAUAUGGAAAAGAAUGACACAGAAACCACAAAUUUCAUCCUCCUGGGCUUCUUCCCUGAAUUUAGAUACAUCACAGCUAUAGUGUACAUUACUCUCCUGAUAUACAUGGCUGCCUUCACUGGCAACACUCUUCUGAUCCUCCUCAUUUGGUUGGAUUCCCGGCUCCAUACCCCCAUGUACUUCUUCCUCAGCCAGCUAUCUUUAAUGGAUUUGACAUUGACUUCCAGCAUUGUCCCCAAAAUGGUGGCCAACUUCUUCUCUGGAUGGCGGAGCAUCUCAUUCCUGGCUUGUGGGACUCAAAUAUUUUUCUCCCUGACUGUGGCCAUUGCAGAAUGUAUCCUUAUAACUCUCAUGUGCUUUGAUCGCUAUGUGGCUGUCUGUAAUCCCCUGCGGUACCCUGUCAUCAUCAGUCCUAGGGUUUGCUUGCAUAUGAUUGUCAUAUCUUGGGCUGGAGGUGCAUUUACUUCCUUUGCUCACACUGCUUUCACCUUGCAUUUUCACAUCUGCAGCCCCAGAGAGAUCCCUCACUUCUUCUGUGAAGUCAUGGCUGUUCUUGGGAUUGUCUGUGAGGACAUCUUAGCCUAUGAGAAGGCUGUGGUGGUGACCAGCAUCCUUGUUUUGUUGCUGCCCUUAUCUCUCAUCUUGUCCUCCUAUGUUCUUAUCUUGCUUUCUCUUCUCCAAAUGAACUCCCCAGAAGUCAGGAACAAAGCUCUGGCCACUUGCUCCUCCCAUCUCUGUGUAGUGAGUCUCUAUUUUGGUCCAGGUAUGUGCAUCUACAUGAGACCUGGCUCUGCCAAAACUCCAAGAUUGAAUCAGGGUCUCUUUCUGUUUGGAACUGUCCUUACCCCCCUCUUAAAUCCUCUUGCCUACAGUCUAAGAAACAAAGAAGUUCUAAGUGCCCUGAAAAAGUUGGUAGGGAAGUGUCAGUCCUCCAGGUAGAAGGCAGAAAUUUCACUAUCAGCUGCACAUAAUCCAGACAUGCACCAGCAAAGGGCAUUUUAUCACUUAAAAAAUAAUCUCUGCAGGACCCUGGAAAAAUCAAUCAAUUUUAAUUGAGUUGUUCUAUCCCCCUUUACCUGCAGAAAAAUAAUGUUGAGCUCAUUUCCUUUCCCCAUCUUGAGGUUUCUGUCCAAUUGUCACAGAUAAUAUGCUAAUGAAGGA